GCCUGGGCAGCCGGAGGCUAGGCAGGGCGAAGCCAGGCGGGGCGGGGCUGGGAGCCAAGGGAAGGGGAGGCCGUGCUGCCUAGGGACCGACCGACCCGAGCCAGUCUCCCAACACCAGCCACCAUGGGGCUGGAGACCGAGAAGGCCGACGUGCAGCUCUUCAUGGCCGAUGACGCCUACAGCCACCACAGUGUCGUCGACUACGCAGAUCCUGAGAAGUAUGUUGACUCCAGUCAGGACCGGGAUCCUCACCAGCUCAACUCUCAUCUCAAGCUAGGCUUCGAGGAUCUGAUCGCAGAACCUCCGACUACACACUCCUUUGACAAAGUGUGGAUCUGCAGCCACGCGCUCUUUGAAAUCAGCAAAUACGUGAUCUACAAGUUCCUGACGGUGUUUCUAGCCAUCCCCUUGGCCUUCAUUGCGGGUAUCCUGUUUGCUACCCUCAGCUGUCUGCACAUCUGGAUCCUAAUGCCUUUUGUGAAGACCUGCCUCAUGGUCCUGCCUUCCGUGCAGACGAUAUGGAAGAGUGUGACAGAUGUUGUCAUUGGCCCAUUGUGUACAAGUGUAGGGCGCAUCUUCUCCUCUGUCAGCAUGCAACUGAGCCAUGACUGAACACUCAGACCCCAGGUCCAAAUAUUUGGAUACUGUACAACUCUGUUGAUGUGACACAAAAGCACUACUGUUCUGUUCACUUUCCAUUUGUCAUAAUUAUUCUUAAGAUGGGACCAAGGUUUAUCAAUGUUCACUGUCAGAUCUUUAGCAAUAAUGAUUUUCCCCACUAAAAGCCAAGGAUUCCAUAUCUAAUUGUGUAACAAGGGUUGGCAACACUCAACGUAAGAACAGACAGCUUUCUGCUUUCAGAAAAAAACAUACAUUUGUAGUGAUGAUUUGAUAAUGGUCAAAGGGCAACUUCCUCAGACACUAGAGUAAUUUUGUGCAUAACUGCUCAUACAAGUGUGGAAUUUCUUAUUUUCUUUUACUCUAGGAGUAAUGUCUUAAAGCUACUUUUACAGAUAUGAUCAUAAGGCUAGGUAGAGGUAAUAUAUUCAAACAUUCUAGAAACUUAGUGCAGUAACAGAAGCAUAUACUUAUGAAAAUAACUAUCAAAUAUAAUAAGACAGAUAAAUGUGAAAAAUGUGUUCCUUUGCAAUAUUGUUAGCUUGUAACCCUCUUUAACAAGACGUUUCGUUUUGCUGUAUAUCUUAUACCUAAUGCAAUGUUACUCAAAUGCAAUCGCUUUGGAGUGCUUUUGCUUGCGUUUGCUAUCUUAUUGAUCUCAUACACAAGGUAAGCAGAGCUACCAUAGGGUAACUUUCUUUGUAAGACUGUGAUGUCAUAUAUGAGAAGUUUUGUAGCUUCUUUGGGAUACAAUGUAAAAUGUGCUGUCUAGGUGACCUCUCCAACUUCCCCAGCAAAUGUUUUAUGACUGGGCUUCAUCUGGCUGUGACCAGAAGAUAUGUAGUUGUUUUGUUUACUAGAAGUUUUCUUCCGAAUAAGUAGAAACUUAACCUGUAGUCUACAUUCCUAUGAAUGCUUCACUUACUGUCAAGUACUUCUGGUGCUAGUUAAUAUUUUUAUGAUAAAGACUAUGUCUAAGAUCUAAGCACAUUACUACAGUGGCUCAUGUAGAGAAACUUACAGGAGAAUUAACACUUGUGAGGGCCUAUAAAACUAAAGUACACAUGUAAAUUAAAAACUAACAGUUACAAAUUUUCAAGAUCUUCUCUAGUAUGAAUCUUGUAACCCAUGAACAUUAUUUCCUUUUCAAUUCUAGACCUAUUUUAACAUUUACUCAUAUGGCCUUUUAAAUGUUGGUAUAUAAGAACUUUCUACAUUAUAAUUAUACAAUUUUUCAAAUUUCAGAGUUAUUAUCAAAACCUGAAGUAUUUGCUUGAAUAUUCUCAUGGGUGUCAAACCUUCACUUAGUGAAGAUAAAUAAUUUUUUUUUCAAAUUUUCAAUUCUGGUCAAUAUUAAAUGUGAUUGAACUGGGAUUCCAUUGCAGACCAGAUCAAAAGAUUAUGGUUAUAAAAACCCAUGUUAUAAAUCUCAUAUCAAUUUGAUGGUAAUCAUAAAAGAAACGUUUCAAAAUGUCCUUACGGUAUCAUACCAUUCUCAGAAAAAGAAGUCAUAGCUCAGUAAUAGCCACAAAACAUUGCCACUAAUGUGACUAUGAACAUUGUAUCUUAUUAGUUUCCAAGGUCAGUCUCAAGGCUUUAUACUACUAUUUGUAAUUUAAACACUUGGAUAUAUUGAUUAGUCAAAACUUUAACAAUAAAGUAUUAGUUUACCUUUUUUAAAUAGUUCUGACAGAUUUAAAAGACAAAUAUGUAUAAUUAUAUGUAAAAACCUUUAAUUGCUAAUAUAUAUAUGUAUAUGACUUCUUUUUUCUGAAUAAUAUCAAUUACUUUCAAGGAAACUUUUACUGAAACUUUUCAUGAAUUAUUUUGUCUUAAAAACUCAAAUCACGAAUAAAAAGAAUCAAAGUUAA